AGAACAUCAAGAAAAAGAUCAAUAUUCAAGUUUGUAAAAUAGCACAGUACUAUGAAGUAUGAUGCUCAAGUGUUCCAAUCACUGGGCAUAAUCAAUCUUGUUUAUUCCACAUUACCCAACCAAACAGGAGAUGACAGAUGACUUUGAUCACUAUACCAACAGCUACCAAAUCUAUUCUAAGGAUCCCCAGAACUGUCAAGAAUUCCUUGGCACGUCAGACGUCAUCAACUGGAAACAACACCUGCAGAUCCAGAGUUCGCAGUCCAGCCUGCAUGAAGCGAUACAAAAUGUUGCAGCUGCUAAACUGGUUAAGGUCACGCAAACACAAUGCAUUCUCUAUAUGUUGCCAAAUACAGUAAGGAAAUUGCUCCCUUCCCUGGCGGAGGCAAACUUACCUCUUCAGUCUGGCAAACACAAGCCCCUUAACCAAGAGAUGUUUAAAUUCUCAUCCUUGGAUGUUACCCAUGCUGCUUUGGUGAAUAAAUUCUGGCAUUUUGGUGGAAAUGAGAGGAGUCAGAGAUUCGUGGAGCGCUGUAUCCAGACCUUCCCCACCACAUGCCUGCUGGGGCCCGAGGGGACCCCUGUGUCCUGGGCCCUGAUGGAUUACACAGGAGAGAUGCGCAUGGGGGCCACCUUGCCUGAGUACCGGUGCCAGGGCCUCAUCUAUCAUAUAAUGUGUAAUCACGCCCAGAAUCUGGACAAACUCAGCUUCCCCCUAUAUAAUCAUACAGACAGAGCCAACAAAACCAUACAGAAGAUGAGUCGCAUUCUGCAUCAUACUAUCCUACCCUGUGACUGGAACCAGUGGCACUGUGUGCCUCUGUGAGGCAACUGUCCAUACAAGACAGCAUUGGGCCGGCUGGUCGUGGAGCAGGAGAAGAGGAUGGGUGGACAGAGAGAAAUAAUAAAUUAUAAUCAGCAGUAAACUAGUGUGUGUUAUUUGGACCUGAGAAUCAGUGUGAAUGGUCAACAGAAAUCAUAGUCUCUGCCCUCAAAUCGCUCAUGGACUUCUUUGGGUCCAGAAGACCUGGUGUGGCCAGACUUUCCUAUCAUGGACCUUGGGCUUGUUCAGUUUCCUACAUUUCAGGAUUUCAACGAUACUCUUUAUUUAGUUGCAUGCUGCCCUAAUGCUUCUCCAGGAACUCUUGUCUCACAUGGACUUAUAUAGAUAGUUUUAUUAAGACAUGGUAUUACCUCAUGGACAGUAUAGUUUCCAUUCUCUCUUUCUAUUACCCUCC